AUGGCGUCCAGUGCUGCUGAGGAUGAUCGCCACUACUACCAGCUGCUAGUCAUUGUGUUGAUGAUAACAUUCCUCCCACUGUCGUUACGUGGAGCAGCAGCAGCAGGAUCAUGCCGGUGUCUCCCGUCGCAGGAAUGCUGGCCAGACGCCAAGACGUGGGAGAGUUUCAAUGCGUCGGUCGGAGGAGCACUGAUAGCAGCAAAGCCGCUGGGCUUCCCUUGCCAUGAUCCUUACUUCGACGAGAAUGCUUGCAAGCUCGUCACCGAGAACUCGGGUGACCCCUUCUGGAGAUCCGACCAGCCCAGCGCGUUGCAAGUCCCCAACAUGGAGAUGGAUGGAGACAAAGGCUGCCUGCUGCGGGGCGACAGAGCCUCGGAAUGUUUGCAAGGUGCCGUACCAAUGUAUGUUGUCGAUGUGUCCACAGUGUCUCAAGUCCAAAAGGCAGUCUCGUUCGCGUCGCAGCACAAUCUUCGACUCGUCAUCAAGAACAGCGGCCACGACAUGACGGGAAAGAACACGGCCCCGGGGUCUCUCAGCAUCUGGGUCCAUCACCUCAAGGAUAUCACUUUCUCGGACAAAUUCCACGAGCUCGCCGAGUAUGAAGUCGAAGCGCCGGAAGCUCAAGAUCCUUGGGUCGCCUUGAGGACCCCCAGGUCUCAGAGCUGCCACACCGGUAAGAACACCCCUUCUGUGAAAGUCGGAGCCGGUGUCCAGUGGGAGGAGGUCUACGCCGCGGCGCAUAAGAACAAGAGGACCGUCGUAGGAGCUCAAUGUGUUUCAGUCGGAGCUGCCGGUGGGUAUCCUCAAGGAGGUGGCCACAGCCAGCUCUCUCCAUCCUUUGGUCUCGCAGCAGACAACGUUUUGGAGUACGACGUCGUCACAGCCGAUGGGAAACUGGUGGUGGCAAACUCCUGCCAGAACAAGGAGCUCUUCUGGGCGCUUCGAGGAGGAGGCGGAGGUACUUUCGGUGUUGUCACAGCGGUCACUUAUGUUGCACACCCGGCACUGACGAACCUCGUCUUCGCGUCGUAUAUCAUCACCACAGGUCCCAACAGCACUUCUUCCGCCUUCAAGGAUCUGCUUGCCAAAGUCAUCAGCUUAAACCCGUCCAUGGCCGACGCAGGAUGGGGAGGCUUCUUCAUCGCUGCCGGCAAGACUCUGAUAGCCCAGUAUCUUCUCCCCAACAAGGACAUGGCCUUUGCAGAGAAGUCGCUCCAGCCCCUGCUUGCAUACGUUGAAGGCUGGAAGAACGAGCUCGUCGUCGUCAGUGGUAAGAUCAAGGAGUUCUCCUCGUACUACGAAUGGCACCUCGAGAACCAGUGCACAAACGGUAAAUGCGGCUUCCCGUCUGGUUUCUCUCAGCUUGAAGCAUCCAGGCUGAUCCCUCGCACCCUUGCUGAAAAAUCACCUUACAAGCUCGCGGAAGCACUGGUUUCACUCGGAGAGAUGGGCUUCCAGCGGAUCUCGGGAUAUCUCGUCGGUGGAGGCAAAGUUUCCAAAGCCCAGGACAACGCCGUCAACCCUGCCUGGCGAAACGCCCUCUUGCAUGUUCUCUACGUGAGGCCUUUCGCCGAGAACAGCACCAUGGAGACCAAGUCGAGCCUUGCGUCGGAGAUGAGCAGUGGUUACAAAAUGCUGACCGACUUGACCCCUGGCUCCGGAAGCUACAUGAACGAGGCCAACAGGAACGAGCCCUCUUGGCAGCAAUCCUUCUUCGGCAGCAACUACGACGCCCUCAAGAAAAUCAAGGACAAAGUCGAUCCCAGCGGACUUUUCGUGUGUACCCAUUGUGUUGGAAGCGAGGACUGGAGCCCCGACCUCAAUUGCCGAGUGAGCAGAUGA